ACUCUUAAAAGAAAGACAGAAGCAUAGUAAAAUCAAGAAACAGAGAGAGAGAGAGAGAGAGAGAGAGAUGGGGAAUCAUAGGUUUAGAUUAUCAGACAUGAUACCAAAUGCUUGGUUUCACAAGCUGAAGAAGGGCAUGGGCAAGGCCAAAAAAAGUGGAAGAAAUCACAACAUCAACAACAACAUCAAUUGUAUCAAAAAACAUCAUCAAAACCAGCAGCCCCCCACAUCAUCCUCAUCAUCCUAUUCAUCAACCAAAACAACCCACAGAAAAUCGUACUAUUUCUCCAGACACUUAAGUUGUCCCCCGCCGCCGCCACCGCACAUUUCGCCGGACCCCCCACGAAAAUCCGCCAAUAAACGCCCCAAGAAGCGGCGGAGCAGCGGCAGAACCACCGCCGUCUCCGCCGCUUGUAGCUGCCGCCCCUCCAUGGAAUCAUCCGUCUGGACUAAGCCCGAUUCCACCCCUGAAGACUACCCAGAAUAUUCCCCCCUCGACAGCACCACCUCCUUCUCCUCCGACCAAGAUUCCCUCGUCCCCCGCCGCGCCCCCGACCAAGAUUCCCUCUCCCUGUCGCCCGAUCACGAACUUCACGACUUCGAUUCCGUUUCAAAAAUCGACCUCCCUCCCAUCAUAACAAAACCCGGCAAAAAAUUCGACGAAUCCCUCAACAAUCUAAGGAUAAAACCCCAACCAAAUCCAUCAUGCAAGACAGCGAAAGAACAGAGGGCGUGCCCUGUUCGAAGAUUCUCCGGGAACUCGCCGGGGGGCGGCGUGAAACUGAGAACAAAUUCCCCGAGAAUCAUCGGCGGCAACCGGAGAAUCCUGCAGGGGAGAAGAAGCACGAGCAUUGCUGCGGCCAAAAGCUUCGCGGUGGUGAAGUCAUCUAAGGAUCCACAGAGAGAUUUCAGGGAAUCAAUGGUGGAGAUGAUAGUGGAGAACAACAUCAGAGCAUCCAAAGACUUGGAAAAUCUUCUUGCUUGCUAUCUGUCUCUCAACUCUAAUGAGUACCAUGAUUUGAUCAUCAAGGUGUUCAAACAAAUCUGGUUUGAUAUCACCGAUGUUAGGUUAAAUUAAUUAAGUAACUAUUUAAUUUUCUGUUCUAAUAAUAUUAUGUAAAUUAUUGGCUACUGCAGCUAUCAUCAGUAAUUUUCUCCCACUCAUAAUAAUUAUUAUAAUAAACUUUCAUGCUUUAA